GUCUUACUUUGGUGUCUGCUCCCCACUUAGCACGGUCUUACCAUCAUUUAUUUCCUUUGGAUGCUUUUCAAGAAAUUCCCCUAGAAGAACAUAAUGGAGAAAGGUUUUGUUAUGCCUGUCAGGGGGAAUUAAAAGACCAACAUGUCUAUGUUUGCAGUGUGUGCCAGAAUGUGUUCUGUGUGGACUGUGAUGUUUUUGUUCAUGACUCUCUUCAUUGUUGUCCUGGCUGUAUUCAUAAGAUUCCAGUUCCUUCAGCUGAGACUCUGGAUUAACUUCGAGAAAAUGGCCACCCAGGAGAAAGCCCCUGAGGAGAGGAUUUCACAGUUUGAUUAUGCUUUGCUCCCAGAGAUGUCUGCUUUUCUAGGUGUAAAUGCACUUCAAUUUGUAAAGGAAAUAGAAGAAAAAGAGCACAGAGACAGGGAAAAAAUGCAAAAAGGCUUUAAUUCACAAAUGCGUAGUGAAGCAAAAAGGUUAAAGACUUUUGUGACCUAUGACACCUUCAGCUCGUGGACGCCCCAGGAGAUGGCAGAGGCCGGGUUUUAUUUCACUGGCACAAAAUCUGGCAUUCAGUGCUUCUGCUGUAGCUUAAUCCUCUUCGGUACUAGCCUCCAUAAUACCCCCAUGGGACACCACAAGAAGUUCCAUCCAGACUGUGAGUUCCUUCUGGGUAAAGAUGUUGGUAACAUUGCCAAGUAUGAUAUAAGAGUUCAGAAGCCAGAGAACACAUUGAGGAGGGACGACAAAGCAAGAUACCAAGAAGAGAAGGCCAGACUCGAAUCCUUCAAGAACUGGCCAUUUUAUGCCCAAGGGACAUCCCCAAGGGAGCUCUCAGCUGCUGGCUUUGUCUUUACAGGGUUCCUCUGCUUUCCCAUUGCUUCUGCGGGCAUGUUGAGUUCAACAGCUUGGAGUGUGUGUCAAGUAUGGCCGCCGCUAAGAGGUAAACGUGACACUGUGCAGUGCUUUUCCUGUGGUGGGUGUUUAGGAAAUUGGGAAGACGAUGACGAUCCCUGGAAGGAACAUGCCAAGUGGUUCCCUAAAUGUGAAUUUCUUCAAAGUAAGAAAUCCUUAGAGGAAAUUACCCAGUAUAUUCAAGGCUACAAGGGAUUUGUUGACGUCACGGGAGAACAUUUUCUGAAUUCCUGGGUCAAGAGAGAUUUAUCUGUGGCAUCAGUCUGUUGCAAUGGCAGCAACAGUCCUUCGUUUGUUAAUGAAGAACUCCUCCUGCAGUCUUUCAAGUCCUGGCACCCGUCGUACCCAGUGGGAGCAGCAGCUCUGGCCAAAGCAGGGUUUUUCUACACAGGCAAAUCGGACAUUGUCCGGUGUUUUUCCUGUGGAGGAUGUUUGCAUGCAUGGAAGGAAGGUGAUGACCCAUUAGAAGAACACGCCAAAUUUUUUCCCAAUUGUCAGUUUCUCCAGAGUGUGAAGUCCUCCGCAGAAGCGAUUCCAGACCUUCAGAGCCACGAUGAACUUUCUGAGUUAACGGAAACCACAAGUGAAAGCAAUCUUGAAGAGUCAACAGCAGUUAGUUCUAUAGUGCCAGAGGUGGCCCAGGGUGAAGCCCAGUGGUUUCAGGAGGCAGAGAGCCUGAGUGAGCGCCUGAGAAAAGUCUAUACCAGUGCUCCUUUCUGCCACAUGUCUUUGCUUGAGAUCUCUUCCUGUCUAGCCACUGACCAGUGGCUGGAUUGUGAUCUGUCCUUUGCUUUAAAACACAUCACCAAUCCUGUGCAAGAGCCUGUGGUGUUGCCUGAAGUCUUUGCUAACUUGAACUCUGUCAUGUGUGUGGAGGGUGAAGCUGGGAGUGGAAAGACCAUCCUCCUGAAGAAAAUAGCUCAUCUGUGGGCAUCAGGAUGCUGUCCCUUGUUAAACAGGUUCCAGCUGGUUUUCUGUCUCUCUCUUGGCUCUACCAGACCGGAGCAGGGGCUGGCCAGUGUCAUUCGUGACCAACUCUUAGAGACAAAUGUAUCUGUUACUGAAAUGGGCCUAAGGAAUAUCAUCCAGCAGUUAAAGAACCAGGUGUUAUUCCUUUUGGAUGACUACAAAGAAAUGUGCUCAGUCCCCCAAGUCAUAGCAAGGAUGAUUCAAAAAAAACAUUUGUCAAGGACCUGCUUGGUGAUCACUGUCCGUACAAAUAGGGCCAAGAACAUCCGCCGAUACCUAGAUACAAUCAUAGAGAUUAAGGCGUUUCCUUUCUAUAAUACUAUUUCUAUAUUACAGAAGCUCUUUUCAGGUGAUUUGACCCGUCUGCGAAAGUUGAUGGUUGACUUUGGAAUGAAUCAAACUUGGCAGGGAAUUCAGAAAACUCCCUUGUUUGUAGCAGCAGUCCGUGCUGGUUGGUUUCAGAAUCGUUUUCAUCAGUCCUUUGAUAGUGUGGCUGUCUUCGAGUCCUAUAUGGAAUGCCUUUUCUUAAAGCACAAAACUGAAGCUGACCUUCUCAAAGCAACUGUGUCCUCCUGCGGUGAUCUAGCCUUGAAAGGGUUUUUUUCAUCUUGCUUUGAGUUUAGUGAUGAGGACCUCAUAGAAGCAGGGGUUGGUGAAGAGGAAGAUCUAGCCAUGUACCUGAUGAGCAAAUUCACAGCCCAGAGACUGAGGCCAGUCUAUCAGUUUUUAAAUCCUGCAUUUCAAGAAUUCCUUGCUGGAAUGAGGCUGACCGAACUCCUGGAUUCUGAUAGGCAAGAAGACCAAGAUUUGGGACUUCAUUAUUUGAAACGAAUCAACUCAACCUUGAUGGUUAUCUAUCCCUAUGCCAAUUUUUUGAACUGUGUCUCCCGCCAUCCUUCAACAAAGGCAGGGCCAAAAAUUGUAUCCCAUUUGCUUCUCUUGGUGGAUAAUAAAGAGACACUGGAGAAUGUAUCUGAAAAUGACGACUAUCUGAAGCAUCAUCCAGAAAUUUCAGAGGUGAUGCAAUUUUUCAGGUUGAUGUGGCAGUUAUCUCCACAAAAUUACCUUUCACUGGCUUCAAAACAUUUGCUAGCUCUGGCUAUAAAGAUUGCGUAUCAAAGCAACACUGUUGCUGCAUGUUCUCCUUUCAUUUUGCAAUUCCUUCGUGGGAGAACCCUGUGUUUGGAUGUGCUUAAGUUACAGUAUUUUUUUGACCACCCAGAAAGCCUGUUAUUGUUGAGGAGCAUCCAGGUCUCCAUAAAUGGAAAUACAUUAUUCAAAACAGAUACGCCCUUGGAAAGAAUUUUAGAUAAAUCCCAGGCACCAACUAUAGAUCAGGACUAUGCUUCUGCCUUUGAACUUGAGAGUGAAUGGAAGCAGAGUUUAGAUGAAAAACAUGAAAUCAUUCAGCAUUUUCAGAACAUGCGACUCAAUGCACCACCAGCCAUCAACACUGGCUAUUGGAACCUUCCUUCAAAGCAGUACAAGAUUCCCCUUCUGGAAGUUCAUGUGACUAAUACCUAUGCUGUGGAUCAGGAGAUGCUAAGGUUUCUAAUAGAGGUUUUCUCAGCUGCACAGCACAUUGAACUCCACUUGAACCACAGCAGGGGUUUUAUUGAAAACAUCCGCCCAGCUCUUGAGCAGUUCAGGGCGUCUUUCACCAAGUGCUGCAUAAGCCAAUGUGAGCUGAGUGCAAUAGAACAGGAAUUGCUUCUCACUCUAACUUCCCUAGAAUCUCUUGAAGUCUCAGAGACAACCCAUCUACAAGACCAACUCUUUCUUAGUUUGGACAAAUUCUUGUGCCUGAAAGAACUGUCUGUGAAUCUGCAACAAGAUGUUUUUUCAGUCAUUUCUGAAGAAUUCCUAAACCUCCACCAUAUGGAGAAAUUAUUGAUCCAAAUUUCAUCUAAGUGCAGUCCUUCCAAAUUAGUCAGAUUAGUUCAGAAUUCUCCAAACCUUCAAGUGUUCCAUCUGGAAUGUAAUAGCUUUUCGGAUUUUGAAUCUCUUGUGACUGCACUUGCUUCCCGCAAGAAACUUGAAGAAAUUAAGUUUUCUGGACAAUUUUUUCAAGCCAACCCAUUUGUCAUUGUCUUGCCAAAUUUUACUUCUCUGAAGAUAUUAAAACUUGGGCUCCAAUAUAUUCCAGAUAAGGAAACAGCUGAAAAAUUUGCCUACGCUUUAGGUUCUUUAAAUAACCUGGAAGAAUUGAUCCUUCCCACGGGGGAUGGGAUUCAUCAAAUGGCCAGACUGAUCAUCCAGCAGUGUCAGCAUCUUCAGUGUCUCCAAGGUCUCCAGUUUUUCAAGACUUUGGAUGAUGACAGCGUGGUAGAAAUUGCCAAGGUAGCAAUCAAUGGAGGUUUCCAGAAACUCAAGCGUCUUGAUUUUUCAAUGAACCACAAGAUUACAGAGGAAGGAUACAGAAACUUCUUUCAAACACUGGACAACCUGCCUAACUUGCAAGAGUUAACUAUUUCCAGGCAUUUCAAAGAAUGUAUCAAAGUUCAGGCUGCAACAGUCAAGUCUUUGAGUCAAUGUGUGUUAAGGCUGCCAAGCCUCUUGAGACUUAACAUGUUAAGUUGGCUCCUGGAUGCAGAAGACAUCACACUGCUUACUGCCACGAUAAAAAAGCACCCUCAGUCUAAACAUUUCAUCCUUUCCUGGAAAUGGAUACUGCCAUUCUCUCCAAUCAUUCAGGAACCUAUUAGCUAAAAUCUACUAAAUCAAGAAAAUUUUUGUCAAUAAUUCUAAAAACUGUUGGAUAAAAUUUUGGAUAAUGUUAUCCAAAAACUUUUUAUUAAAUGCUGCAUACAAAAGAGUAAAAUGCAUAAAGCAUGUACUAUAAAAAACCCCAAACAGCCUGCUUACCCAUUACUGAGCGUAAGAAACAGAGUAUUACCAGUGACUCUGAAGUCCCUAAAUGAUCCUCCCCAAUCAAAGAUCAGCCUUUUAAUCAAAUUUACACAUCCAACUCUUCAUUACUCAGCUCAUAUAGGGCUUUCAGACUAACUUUGGUAAACGGUUAACAAAGCCACAGGGAGGAGUGGGGAGAAUGGUGUAUCCAUCGUAAAGCCACAAUAUGAAAGGAAUAUUCAAGUUAUUACAAAAAUGGCUAAUUUAAGGACUGCAUCUGUUUCACACAUAGGUGUGACAAGAGAUAUUCCUUAAUCCUUGUAGUGUCUGUUUUUGUACAUUUACUUUAGUGUGGCAGGGUUUAUGUAUACCUUCCUUUUAUCUACUGCAGAAGAAAUAGGAUUUAGGGCAAAUGCUCAUAUUCUAGAGCCCUUUGAUUCAGUGCUUAUUGUAGAAGCAGAAAGUAGUUUAGAAUUUAGCAUUAUUGGAAAUUAGCUAAAUCUGCGGUUUUAAAAAUACUGAGUAUCAAUGUUUUUUUAGAUGUUUGAGAAUCUAACGUAUACAUUUAUAAUGGCCUUAAAGUCUUAUGUAUCCACUUUGCUCAAGAACAUAUUUUGUCAGUGACUUUAUAUUGUUCAAGGUAUUACAUCUGAUGUCAAUGUCUACAUCUGUGCCUGUGUCCAAAAUUUCACUAUUAGUUAAUCAGUGGAGUGUUCUGAAUGGCUAGAAGGCCAUUCCAAAUUCAUAAUGCUAGUGUAAGCUGGAAAACAACCAUUCUUUUACACUAAUUUUUAUUUUUACCACAAAACAUAGGGACUGUAUAUAUGGUUAUGAUUCUAUUUGUUUAAAAAAUGUACUCUCAUGUUUCUAGAUGCAUUAAGAAUUUCUGCAAAGAAUAUACAAGAAAAAUUUUAACAGUGGUAACUAUUUUAAAUGAUUAGAAAAGGGAUAGGAAGGCAUUCCUUUUUCCUUUUUGUACUGUUUUUUGUUUUACAAGCGCCUGUUUUGUAUUUAAAAUAUAAAAUUAGUUUAGCAUUACAACGUGAAUAAUUGCUCUGUAGAGUGAGAUUACUGGAAGCUGAGAAGGGCUAUCUUCUCGUCUGAUUUUGUAUCUAAUACUUUUGUAAUCAGAAAGGUUUUAAGUACUGUAUCAGAGUCCAACUGGGAGAUAGAAACCACCUAGUAACUUGGGGAGUUUACUAUUAAGAGUUAUUUACUGUAAUAGGCAAUUGUAAUUGGAGUAAUCCUUGUUACUCCAAGCAUCGACAUAGGGAAUAGCCUACUGGCUUUUCACAUUAGGGUGCGACAGAGCACCCAAAGGACCGACCCCAGGACUGAGAUCUGGACCUCAAGAGAGAAGGCACAGCCAUGGACAACAAAGGCUGGCUAAAUUAAAGAGCUGCAACCCAAGAAGGUGUAAGCUUGGAGCACUUUGCUUAGAAACUUUGGGGGUGCCGGAGGAAGCCUUCUAUAUGGGGUGCUAAGUGCUGCUGGCCACUAGGUACUGCGGAAGCCAGGUGCUGCACAAGGGUGUAGAGCCCAUGAGCUCCAAGUACCUGCUGGAGAGGUACACUGGACCCAGAAGGAGGCCCGUGCCCCUCCUGUCAACAGCACCCUCUACUGACAAAGCUUUUCACUGUACCUGCUGACAAGGCAGGGAUAUUUACAAGGUCCAGAUCCAUUACUGCAGAGCAGGCAGUGAAGGCUGGAUUUGGACAUGAAGGCAAUAACGUCGAAGUGGUACAAGUAUUACUUAUUACAUUUCACAGUUCUGACCUAAAGGAAAAAGAACCUAGUUAAAUUUAAGAUUGAGAGCAUAUGUACAUUCAGGUUUAUCCUGUCAUAGAAAAACUUCCUAAAUACACAAGAAACUGGUAUUAAUGAUGCAUUUCAGGGAGAGGGGCAGGAUAGUGGGCAGGGUAGGGAGGUUUACUUUACAUACAAUCAUCUGAAUUCUGCACUAUAUACAUGUACUAUUAAACAUGAUACUUGAAAAAACUAA